AUGCAGCAACUCCUCAAUCCCUUUGCCCAAAAGUACCCCGACGCAGUCGAUUCCACCCUCUCCACCCAGGGCGCCUGUCUCUCUUUCAAUCCAUCAGGACCCUACGCCGGCCACUACCUCGCCGUAGGCAACAGCUAUGGCAGAGUAGAAAUUUGGGAUGUCGAGACCCGUGGCGUAGUGAGGGUCCUCGAGGGGCAUGUGAGAGCUGUCGAAAGCCUGAGCUGGUCUAGAAACAACAGAUACCUGUUGUCAGCAUCAUCGGAUGGUACAGCUCUGGUGUGGGAUCUGUCGGCCCUUCCACAUCCCUUGCUUGUGCCUAGGACGCCAUUGACAGAGUCCCAAGCUGAUUCUUCAAAUGCUUCCGCUUCGACGUCACGCCUCAACACCAUUCGAUUCGAUAGCCCAGUAACCAGCGCGUCUUUCAAUCCGAGAAACAGCCGAAUCCUACUCGCAGUUCUGUCUUGUGGCGAGGUCGUUCUUGUGGAUCUUCGGAAGGGCGGCGGAAAGUUCAAGCUGGAGUAUUCACCAGGGGACGAAGAAGAGUCUGCAUCACGGAAAAGAGUAUCCAUGACCUGUGCAGACUUUUCUCCUUGUGGCUCCCGUAUAUACGCGGGCACAUCAAACGGAAUGCUCCUGGUCAUCGACCCAAUGUCUAGACAAGUGCUUCACCAUAUCAAAGUCGCUAACGCAUCUAUCCGCCAACUGACUUUGGAUGCUUCCGGCUCUCACCUAAUAACCUCUGCCACCGACCGUGCUCUCCGUCUCUUACAAGUCGACCCCCUCACUCUCACCCUCACCGCAUUUCAUCGCUUCCAAGAUCUGGUCAACCGUACUCCUUGGUACUCUGUCGGCUUUUCUGGGGAUGCCGAGUAUGUCAUGGCUGGUGCAGCUCACAAGUCGGCGCAUAACGUCUUCAUCUGGGAUAGGGAGAGUGGAGUGUUGGUCAAGGUACUGGAAGGGCCGAAGGAGCCGCUGAUAGCGUGUGCCUGGCAUCCCACUAGACCUAUCGUCGCAUCAAUAUCAUCGGGAGGUGAUGUGCACCUGUGGCAAACAGCUUCUCCAGACAAUUGGGCCGCUUUUGCUCCAGGAUUCGAAGAACUGGAAGAAAACGUCGAAUACGACGAGCGAGAAGAUGAAUUCGACAUCGAAGACGAAUCUGAACUCAACCGACGUAAAGAUCUUGAAGAAGAUAUCUUUAUCGAUGUCUUGACGCCCGAGCAAGACUCUUAUCCUCGUCGUGCCAAACCCAUAUCAUCCUUACCGGGCAACCUCGUUUUCAAAGAUGAAGGUGAACAGCAGCAGGCCGAACGGUUGGCAGAGGCGAUCGCCGAGGUCACUAGGUGGGCAGAUGCGGAUACAGCAGGUUAUGUCGCAGGAGCCGAGAAUACGUCGGGUCUGCAAGAGGGCAAGGGUGCGAAUGACGGGGAUCAAUGGGAGGGGUUCUAUCCAUCACAAGAUCUCUUGUCAGAUAUCAGGGUGGACGAGGAUCCCGACGCGUAA